AUGGCCGAUUCCGAUCCCAAAGCGCCACACCGUCCGGGACCCUGGCCGCCGGCGCCGUUGCCGGACGCCAAGGCAAUGCCACCUUCUUCCUGGGCCAAGAAAACGGGCUUCAGGCCCAAGUUCUCAGGCGAGGCCAAUGCCAGCGACUCGGGCCAGAUAACCCUCCAGCCCAAGCCCAAGCCCAAGGAGCCCGACACUAACGUGGAUCUCGAAGCAGGCCGGGCUAGGGCCCCAACGCCGGCCAACGGCGUCGCCCACAGCGACAAGGUCCCGCCGCUUCCUCCUCCCAAAGAUCAGGUUGUGAAGAAGCGCAGAGACUCCGAUGGAGUCCCCAAGAGUUCCGUUCCCAGCACCAAUGGCCAGGCCCCUCCGCCGCCUCCGCCGGCGAGGCGAGCGGCGAGUCACGAGGACAUUGUGGACGACGAAGGUUUCGUGUCGAGGCAUUCGCAUAUGAAGUAUGAGCUCAGAGAUUCACCUGGUUUAGUUCCCAUUGGAGUGUACGGCAUUCAGCAUUACGUUUCGAUAUUGGGUUCAUUGAUUCUCAUCCCGCUCGUCAUGGUUCCGGCAAUGGGAGGCUCUCGUGAGGAUACUUCAGCUGUGGUGUCGACUGUGCUCUUUGUGUCAGGAGUGACUACACUGUUACAUACAAAUUUUGGGUCGAGGUUGCCCUUGAUACAGGGGCCUUCUUUUGUUUAUCUGGCUCCGGCAUUAGCGAUUAUCUACUCCUCGGAGUUUCAAGGGUUAAAUGAAAAUAAAUUCAGACAUAUAAUGAAGGAGCUGCAGGGGGCUAUAAUUAUUGGAUCGGCUUUUCAAACAUUCCUUGGAUAUACUGGACUUAUGUCACUGUUAGUAAGGUUAAUCAAUCCUGUGGUUGUAUCCCCAACUAUUGCUGCAGUUGGACUUUCAUUUUACAGUUAUGGUUUUCCGCUAGUUGGUACAUGUCUGGAGAUUGGUGCAAUGCAGAUAUUAGUUGUUAUUGUUUUUUCUCUGUACCUUCGUAAAAUAUCUGUUUUUGGACACCGCAUAUUUCUAAUAUAUGCAGUUCCUUUGGGUCUGGCAAUUACAUGGGCAGUUGCUUUCUUGCUGACUGAAGCUGGAGUUUACAACUACAAUGGGUGUGACAUAAAUAUACCCGCCUCAAAUAUAGUUUCUGAGCACUGCAGAAAGCAUGUCUCAAAGAUGAAGCAUUGUCGAGUUGAUACUUCUUAUGCGCUGACGUCAUCCCCAUGGUUUAGAUUUCCUUAUCCGUUACAAUGGGGUACUCCUGUCUUCCAUUGGAAAAUGGCUCUGGUGAUGUGCGUGGUUUCCUUGAUCUCAUCUGUGGAUUCAGUUGGUUCAUAUCAUGCAUCUUCGUUAUUGGUAGCAUCUCGACCUCCUACUCCUGGUGUUCUUAGUCGAGGAAUUGGUUUGGAAGGUCUUUCUAGUGUCUUGGCUGGUUUGUGGGGAACUGGAGCAGGGUCUACCACCUUAACUGAAAAUGUUCAUACCAUUGCUGUCACUAAAAUGGGAAGCCGCAGAGCAGUUCAAUUGGGUGCAUGCAUCCUGAUAGUUUUGUCUCUCGUGGGUAAGGUGGGGGGCUUUAUUGCCUCAAUUCCGGAGGUCAUGGUUGCUGGUCUCCUAUGCUUUAUGUGGGCAAUGCUUACAGCAUUGGGCUUGUCAAAUCUACGCUAUAGUGAGGCUGGAAGCUCUCGCAACAUCAUCAUAAUUGGGUUAUCAUUGUUUUUCUCUCUUUCCAUACCUGCCUACUUUCAACAAUACGGUAUCUCCCCAAAUUCCAACUUGUCAGUGCCCAGUUACUUCCAACCCUAUAUUGUGGCUUCUCAUGGGCCUUUCCGCACCGAAUAUGGAGGGUUAAACUAUGUCCUGAACACAAUCUUUUCACUACACAUGGUGGUAGCUUUUCUUGUUGCUUUCAUCUUGGAUAAUACUGUGCCUGGCAGUAAGCAUGAGCGUGGAGUAUACGUGUGGUCCGAAACUGAGGUUGCUAGAAGGGAGCCUGCCGUUGCUAAGGACUAUGAGUUGCCCUUGAGAGUUGGUCGGAUUUUCAGAUGGGUGAAGUGGGUUGGCCUGUGA